AUGAUAACACAGUGUCUUCUCGAUACCAGGUCAUCUUCUUACUUCCACGGAGUUCUCCCGCCUCGAGUACCUAUCCCCUGGUCCGUGCGCCGCAGCGAAGUGGCCAAUCGGUGGAACCCUGGCAGCGGCGAGUGGCAUUUUAACAUUGCGCAACAGGCUGCGUUCGACGACAUUGAGCAGUUGACGAUUGCCUCACCCACGAUGCCGCUCGUCGACAACCCGCAGAUCAAGCAGGCGAGCUUGCAUAGCCCGCUGCCUCUGCAGCUACACGCCUACAUCUGGCCUUUCCUCAUCAUCUGGCCCGCCUUCCUCUCCUUCUACCUCUCGCCCACUCGCUACGAGAAGCACAUCCAGUCCUCCGAGUGGACAUUCGUUUGGGUCGGCGCGAUCACAACCAUCCAGUCGCUAAUAUGGCUUACCACUCAUUGGAACGUUAAUCUCAAGAGCGCCUUUACGACGACUGGGGCCCGCGACGUGCGCACCGCCCAGCUCAUCAAAGUCGUCCCUAUCGCAAACGCCGGGACCGCCGAAAUCUGCAAGCUCAACCGCGAGAAUGUGGCCGGGAAGCCAACCGUGUCUUUCCUGUUCCAGAAGCGCAGGUUCCUCUACGAUGCGGAGAAGGGCUCAUUUGCCCCGCUCUCCUACCCCCUCGACGCCGAACCGAAGCCGCAGAUCAAGACGUUCCAGGACACAAAGGGCUUGACAACGGCGGAGGAAAUUGAGAAACUGCAGCACUACUAUGGCGGUAACAGCUUCGACAUCCCCGUACCGACGUUCACGGAACUCUUCAAGGAGCACGCUGUUGCACCGUUCUUCGUAUUCCAGGUCUUCUGCGUGGGAUUGUGGAUGCUGGAUGACUACUGGUACUACUCGCUAUUCACUCUGUUCAUGCUGGUGGCCUUCGAGUGUACCGUGGUGUGGCAAAGGCAGAGGACGUUGAACGAGUUUCGCGGUAUGAGCAUCAAGCCGUAUGAUUUGCUGGUAUACAGGCAGAAGAAGUGGCAAGAGAUUCAGAGCGACAAAUUGUUGCCUGGCGAUGUGGUCAGCGUUGGCAGGACUAAGGAAGACUCCGGCGUCGCUUGCGACAUGAUCCUCCUCGAAGGAUCUGCUAUUGUUAACGAGGCGAUGCUUUCCGGAGAGAGCACCCCAGUACUCAAGGAAUCGAUUCAGCUGCGACCCGGCGAUGCGACCAUCGAACAAGAGGGCCUUGACAAGAACGCGUUCCUGUAUGGUGGAACUAAGGUCCUACAGGUUUCACACGGCAACAAUGCGGAAGAAGACGGCAGCGCGGUUUCGAGACUCUCAUCUGGGCUCCCGCCACCACCGGACAAGGGCGCUGUUGCAGUUGUGGUCAAGACUGGAUUCGAAACUAGCCAGGGCAGCUUGGUCAGGACCAUGAUCUAUUCGACCGAGCGCGUUUCCGCGAACAACGUCGAAGCGCUUCUCUUUAUUCUUUUCCUCUGCAUUUUCGCUAUCGCCGCUUCGUGGUAUGUCUGGAAGGAGGGUGUCAAACAGGACCGCAAGCGAUCCAAGCUCAUGCUUGACUGCGUGUUGAUCAUCACGAGUGUCGUACCUCCAGAACUGCCCAUGGAACUCUCGUUGGCGGUCAACACCAGUCUGGCUGCGCUCAGCAAGUACGCCAUCUUCUGUACCGAACCCUUCCGUAUUCCGUAUGCCGGACGAGUUGACGUUGCCUGCUUCGACAAGACUGGAACUCUGACUGGCGAGGAUCUCGUGGUAGAUGGUAUUGCCGGUCUUACUCUCGGAACCGACGGAGGCAAGCUUGGUCCUGAUGGUGCUCACAUUAACGUCAGUGCCGUCUCUGAAGUCGGCACGGAAAGCACCCUGGUCCUCGCUACCGCACAUGCCUUGGUGAAGCUAGACGAAGGAGAAAUCGUCGGCGAGCCGAUGGAAAAGGCUACUUUGGCAUCUCUGGGCUGGAACCUGGGCGGAAAAGACACCCUGACACCCAAGACCGUCUCCGCAAAAUCGCACGCCGAACUUGUACAAAUCCGCCGACGCUUCCAGUUCUCCUCCGCACUCAAGCGCCAAAGUUCCGUCGCCACCGUUCUCGUCAACGACAGGAAGACUAAGCGCAAAAUCAAGAGUACCUUUGUUGGGGUCAAAGGAGCGCCUGAAACGAUCCGUAAGAUGUUGGUUGAUGUUCCGCCGCAAUACGAGGAGACGUUCAAGCACUUCACCAGGAACGGUGGCCGUGUGCUUGCGCUUGCUUAUAAAUUCCUGGCCCAUGACGCCGAGUGGGGCAUGAACCGCAUAAAUGAUCUAAAGCGUGAACAGGUCGAGUGCGAUUUGCACUUUGCCGGUUUCUUAGUUCUUCAGUGCCCGCUCAAGGAUGACGCUGUUCAGGCCGUUCGCAUGCUGAACGAGUCUAGCCACCGUGUGGUUAUGAUUACGGGCGACAAUCCGUUGACUGCUGUACAUGUUGCCCGUCAAGUUGAAAUUGUGGAUCGCGACUGCCUGAUUAUGGACGCUCCUGAGAACGAUGAUUCUGGCGAGAAGCUUGUCUGGCGUAGUGUUGAUGACAAGGUCAACAUCCCUGUGGAUCCGACAAAGCCUCUUGACCCCGAGAUUCUGAAGAGCAAGGACAUUUGCGUGACUGGAUACGCCCUCAGCAAGUUCUCGGGUCAACAGGCCUGGCUACAGCUUCUUCGGUACACCUGGGUCUACGCUCGUGUUUCACCGAAACAGAAGGAAGAGAUUCUCCUUGGCUUGAAGGACUGUGGUUACACCACGCUCAUGUGUGGUGACGGAACGAACGAUGUCGGUGCUCUCAAGCAGGCUCACAUUGGCGUUGCCCUACUUAACGGUACGCGCCAAGACUUGGAGAAGAUUGGCGAACAUUUCCGGAACACCAAGAUGAAGGAGGUCUACCAGAAGCAGGUCGAAUUGAUGAAGCGGUUCAACCAGCCUGCCCCGCCUGUCCCUGUCAUGAUCGCUCAUCUAUACCCACCCGGCCCUGGUAACCCGCAUUACGAGAAAGCCAUGGAAGCACAGGCAAAGAGAAAGGGGCUCAUGCUUCCAGUUCCAACGGAUGCUACAAACGGCGCCGCGACCAACGGAGCCAUUGAGAAACAGACACCCUCCGCACAGCAAGGCGCCGCUGGCCUCAUGAGCCAGUUUUCAGACAAGAUGAUGGAAUCAGAGCUCUCCGAUCUAGACAGCGAACCACCCACCAUCAAGCUCGGCGAUGCUUCGGUAGCUGCGCCUUUCACGUCCAAACUCGCUAACGUCGUCGCUAUCCCUAACAUCAUCCGCCAAGGACGAUGCACGCUUGUGGCCACUAUCCAGAUGUACAAGAUCCUUGCCCUCAACUGUUUGAUCUCGGCGUACAGUUUAUCUGUCCUCUACCUCGACGGAAUCAAGUUCGGUGAUGGUCAGGUUACAAUUUCCGGAAUGAUGAUGAGCGUGUGCUUCCUGUCUAUCUCUCGAGCCAAGCCCGUCGAAGCUCUGAGCAAAGAACGACCCCAACACAACAUCUUUAAUAUCUACAUCGUUGGCUCCGUCCUCGGACAGUUCGCCAUUCAUAUCGCCACCCUCAUCUACGUUUCUCAAUACGUCCAGCGCACCGAGCCCAAGACCCCGAACCCGGAUCUUGAGAAGGAGUUCGAGCCUUCUCUACUCAACUCUGCAAUUUACCUGCUGCAGCUCAUUCAGCAGAUUUCUACAUUUGCCAUCAACUACCAGGGUCGUCCCUUCCGCGAGUCCAUCCGCGAGAACCGCGGCAUGUACUGGGGUCUCGUCGGCGUCGCCUGCGUCGCAUUCUCCUGCGCUACGGAAUUCGUCCCCGAGAUCAAUGAGAAAUUGCGCCUCGUUCCUUUCACAUACGAUUUUAAGGUCAUGAUUACGAGUGUUAUGGUCAUCGACUACGCCGGCUGCUGGAUCAUUGAAAAGGGGUUGAAGGUGCUGUUUAGCGACUACAAGCCCAAAGAUAUCGCGAUUAGGCGACCGGAUCAGCUUAAGAGGGAGGAAGAGCGUAAGGGGUUGGAGGCGUCGGAGGCGCAGGCGAAGAAGAAUGCGGAGUUGGAGGAGGCGGCUAGGAAGGCGGGGUUGGUGAGAUAA